AUGUCCGCCUCCCAAGACCAAUCUAGCCUCAAUUCCGCCCGGGGAGCAGGCACAACCUUCGGUCCCUCAGACAGCAAGUCCUCCUCAACAGCCACGCCCGCAACCUCAGUUGGAUCCGCCACCGCAGCCGGACACGGCGACCAUCCUCAAGACAACGCCGACGACAGCAAUGCCACCCUAUCCAGCUCCAAGAUCGGGCCACAGCAAGAAGAUCUCGACGGCGAGCAGAUGCGCGCCCCUGGAGAAGGAGAAGUCAUGAAUGCGCAGUUCAAUAAGAAGAUUGCGGGGUGGGGAGAGGAGGGGAGUUUGACGAGUGAUUUGGAUAGGCAGAAGGAGGAGCAGAAGGGUGCUAGGGAGGAGAUCAAGGCUGCGAGGAGGGAGGGGGAGAGUGUGGAUGGGGGAGCGGGGGGAAGAGUUGCUAACGAAAGCUUGAACAGUGUAUAA